CAAAAGUCUUGGCGGAAGUGACACAAUGGCGCUGCAUGCUGCAGAAUAAUGCACUUUUAACCAUUCGGAGUUUCACAAAAUCUCAUGUUUUACCAAAUGCAUUUUACUCUCUCACACUGGUCGCUUAAUUAUCUUUGUGAGUUAUUAAGCUUUUAAUACCGCAGUCAGACAGCCGGGGUUUUUUGUGCUUGGGUCCUGUUUGCAGCGGGAUUUCUGCUCGUUUGGGCUGAAGAUGGACUAAAAAACACAAGGCGAUAUCAUUUGAAAUAGAUUGAGUUUGAGUUAAAUUGGAAAGUGAACUCGUGAAAUCAAAUGUGAAAUUUUUAAGUGUUGAAGUGACAGAAGUCUCUUAAGUGCAGUGCGCGAGAUUAAACUCGUUUGAAGGGAUGGACCAAUAUGAAUCGUAAAAAGAGUCUAUUUAUUGAAGCUCUGGAUAAAUGUGAGGACAGGAGAGAUGGAGGCUUUAAGCAGACCUGGAGGUGUUCUCUCUCAGAUGAUAGUGAAGACGACAGCAGACAUGACGCCACCCUUGUGACCAUGGAGCGAGUGAGUGGCCAGCAGGAGCUUUCCCCCGAGGGAAUGAAGACUCCAUCCAUGAGGCGCUUCAGUGCUAAUGGCCCUAUGGAGACUCAUGAACGACGUCUAAAUCAAUUAAGGCCACUCAACAGAACCAGCAAGCUUAGUGAAGCAGCUCAUUCAGUGAGUGUGUCUCCGCUCCCCAGUCGAACCAGCUAUCUGAUAAUGAGUCCAGCGCCGUCCCAAGGAGUUAUGGUUCAGGGCCGGCUCUUCCAGCACACACAGUUCUCUGCUCCAAUCAGAAAGCUGGAGCAAAGAUCCGAUAUGAUCCAAAGAGUUGAGCUGGACAGCAUUCUUCUCACCUGUCCCAAGAUUUCAGAUUCAGAAGACCGUGUUAGGAGGAGUGUCCAUCAGAAACGGCGGCCGAUGAACGAUAGUCCUGUUCCUGUGGGCAAACCAGUUGAGCAGCCCCUUCAGCCUGAUGAUUACCUCACAGUUUGUGGUAAAUGUGACCGACCAAGUGAGAACCAUGUAAAAUGUGACCACUGUGGAUAUAUCCUACCUGCUGAGAUUCUGCCCCUUCCUGCUGUUACAUCAGCGCUGCUCCCUCGGCCCUCCGUUCGCUCGCAGCCACCCCCUGCGCCGCCCACCCUUCAGAUAAGAACCUCUGGGGGCUGCUCUCAACAGAUAGAUGUUGUAACGAGUCCAUCGGUGCGGAUCAUGCAUGGAGGUAUGCUGCUUCCUUACAACGGAAGACACAUUGUCACUUCUGGAGGCUCAGUGUGUAAUGGAUUCAAGCAAGCUGGCGGCAAGAAACAUCAGAUCACCAAACCAUGUGAAUUAAAUGACCCCAUUGUGCUGUCCAGUGACGAGGAUGAAGAAAGUGAUGAUGUCAGCAGCAGCGGGACCGGUAACCGCUUGGACAGUGUGUCGCCGCGGCCCGCGGACUCCGCCCACUCGUCUCCUGCUCCCUCCGGGGGUCGGGUGGAAGCGGCUGUUAAAGCAGCUGGUGAACAUGAGGACCCUAGUAGUGACUUUUUCACACAGACAAGCCAGAGAAUCCUGUUGCCCAGAAGGAAAAGCAUGAGAGAUCCAUUUGGAAACACUGUGUGUGAAGAUCCAUCUCCUAAGAAGAGGAAAAUGGGUCAGAUGAUAAAGCUGAGCAGUAUUAUUCUGGAGUGCAGGAGCGUAAGGAUCGGCACUCUGCGCAGGAUGGUCACCAAACCUGUAGUGUUUACAGUGGAAAACAUACAGCUGGAGACAGAAGGUCCUGAUGUGAAUGUGUUGGAGAGCGUUUUCUUGCGGUCGUCGGAGCUGACCAGAUGUGAGUGGUGUACUGUCAGGAAGCUGCCAGUCCUGUUUCUGCAGACCACCGAUGAGGAGUGCCAGCGAUUACAGACUCAGCUGCAGAUGUGUCAGGACGAGGGAGGAGUAUGGUACGACUGCAGCGGUAACAAUGAUGAGAAGUAUAUUGUAUUGAUUUUUGAGAGCGGCCCCUCAUUGCAAGAGCAGGUGAUUCUGGAGGAAAUCCUUGCUGAAAUCGGCAGAAACAACAAUCUGUCAGAUUUCCCCAAGAAGAUCAAUUUUGAUGAGGCCAACGUUCGACUGGUUGAGUACAUUAAAGCCUCCAGUGAAAAGGUUAAAGAAGUUAUAGUCGAACCUUCAUCUUCAACCCUAUCAGCCCCGCCAUCCUUUUCGGUAGUGACGGUUACUGUGGCAACAGUAAAUACAGCCCCAGCAGCCUCCGUCACUUGUGCAGCGACGAGCGUGCGAACGCGGAUGUCUGCUCGGCUCCAGGAGAACUGUGAAGACGAUGACGAGAUGGCAGAGCUCCAGCCAACCUUCACUGGUCCUAUCAUAAAGUUGUUGGUUUACCCCCCGCCGCCUGCUAAAGGAGGGAUCUCUGUAACCAAUGAGGACCUCCACUGUCUGAACGACGGAGAGUUUCUCAACGACGUCAUCAUCGACUUCUAUUUAAAAUAUCUGUUUUUGGAGAAGUUGAAGAAGGAAGAUGCUAUCCGCAGUCACGUGUUUAGCUCGUUCUUCUAUAAGAGACUCAAUCAGAGAGAGCGGAGAAACGCGGUCGACACAUCCAACUUACCCAUACAGAAGAGGAAACACAACAGAGUGAAGACGUGGACACGUCACGUGGAUCUCUUCCAGAAAGACUUCAUCUUUGUGCCCAUCAAUGAGUCUGCACACUGGUAUCUGGCCAUAAUCUGUUUUCCGGGUCUGGAGAAGGCUCAUGUUGAGCCAAACCCGCUGUACCAGCCUCAAACUCAAGCCCAGAGCGCUGCUGUCUCCUCCAGCCCGCCCACCGAUGGAGGUUCAGAUGAGCUGGAUGAUGUCAGACAGCACACGGCCGUCCCACACAGAUCUGCGGCUGAUGUGAACAGACAGCAGCAGUACACAGAUGGUUUACACCGAAUAAUCGAGUGUUAUGGGACAGAUGACCCCCAUCACUCAGAUGACCAAAGCUCAUGUCAGGACGAGUGUAGUGAAGAUGACAGUUUGGUCGAUGAGUGUGCGAGCUUUGACAAAGCAGAGUUGACGUCCAAACCCACCAUCUGCAAACAGCCUUGUAUUCUGAUCAUGGACUCCCUGCGUGGACCAACCAGGUCGACUGUGGUGAAAACAUUACGAGAGUAUCUAGAGGUGGAGUGGGAGGUGAAGAAAGGCUCCAAGAGGAGUUUUGGGAAGUAUGUGAUGAAGGGCUCGAGUCCUCGUGUGCCCCAGCAGGAUAACUUCAGUGACUGUGGAGUUUAUGUGCUGCAGUAUGUGGAGAGCUUCUUUGAGAAACCUCUUCCAAGCUUUCAUCUCCCGAUGAAUUUAUUGGAUUGGUUUCCCCAACAACGGAUGAAAACCAAGCGGGACGAGAUCAAGGAGCUCAUUCUGAAGAUUCAGACUCAGCAGCAGCUCAAUCUGGAGAGCUCUGAGCAGACGCACAGCCCCUGUGAGGAUACCGUAGAGUCAGCUGAUCUCAUCCCUCCAAUCAGCUCCUGAGCUCCGCCCACGCUGCUACGCUUUCACCAUCACAUGACUUAGAAACACUAAAAGCCAAUCAGGGCCUUGUGUGAUUGUAUGCUGCUGGACAACUCUGCCGUUAUUUCUUAUGACCUUCUUAUAGUUUUGAAGAAUUGAAAUUUAAAAAGAAGAGUGUUUUGUUUUUAUUUGUAUUGAAUAAAUUGUACAUGUACAUAAGCUAGGCAUUUUUCGUUUACUUUGCUGCCUUUUGAGUUUCACAUCUCAUUCAUGGUCGAUUCAUCAUUUCAGUUUUGCACCAUCUGUAAAAUAAAAGUUUGUGUUCAUCUUGA